UUUAGGUGGCACAGGAGAGGAAAGCGCCUGAAGAACUCAAGUGGCAAACACUUGCCAGGGAGUUUGACACAUUACUGAGACACUAAAGGCAACUACCAUGGGGAAUACCACCAGUAGCGCAUUAUCAAAAGAGAUCCUGGAGGACCUCAAGCUCAGCACCAAAUUCACUGAAAAUGAGAUCAGUCAGUGGUAUGAGAACUUUCAGAAGCAGUGCCCAACGGGACGCAUAACACCAGAAGAGUUCGAGCAGAUCUAUGCCCGCUUCUUCCCGGACAGCGACGCCAAGAGCUACGCACGGCAUGUGUUUCGCUCCUUUGACGCCAACGAUGACGGCACCCUGGACUUCAAGGAGUACAUCAUUGCGCUGCACAUGACCUCCACUGGGAAGACGACCCGAAAACUGGAGUGGGCCUUCUCUCUGUUUGAUGUGGACAAGAACGGAUACAUCAACAAGACAGAGGUGACAGAGAUCUGCCAGGCCAUAUUUAAGCUGAUCCCCAAGGAGGAGCAGAGCAAACUACCAGAGGAUGAGAACACACCCGAGAAGAGAGCCAACAAGUUGUGGGCUUACUUUGAAAAGAAAGACAACGAACGAUUGGCUGAGGGAGAGUUCAUCAAAGGAGUGAUUGAAAAUGAGAAUGCGAUGCGUCUUAUCCACUAUGAACCAAUCAAACAAUAA